GUCAGUAGAGGGCCAUUCAAAGCUGUCAUUGGCGUACACACCUGGACACGAAAGACAGGCUUACUUUACAGCUCCUAAGCACGUAGAACUCCAAACUGAUUUCACCAUGCCUGUAAUGUCAAAACUACCCGAUGAAUUCGGUUAUGUGGUCUUAACCGGUGUUGCUAGUUGGUUCCUAGUAGGGUUCAUGGCACACAAAGUGAGCAAAGCUCGUAGAGAAUAUGGUGUUGAAUACCCCACUAUGUAUAGUGAUGAAGAGCCAAUGUUUAACUGCAUUCAGAGAGCUCAUCAAAAUACGUUGGAGGUGUAUCCGUCUUAUUUAUUCUUCCUUACAUUUGCUGGAUUGCAGUAUCCUCGAACAGCGACUGGCUUUGGUUUGUUAUGGAUAGCAAGUCGAUGCAGCUUUGCAAGUGGAUACUACACAGGAGAUCCAAAGAAGCGCCAUCGUGGAAUCUAUGGUGUGCCAGUAUUCCUGGGUCUUAUGGGUAUGACCAUUUCAUUUGCGGCUCAUCAGUUGGAUUGGGUGUAAAUUAUUCCUAUCAUUUUUAAUAAUAUACAUGCUUAUUACAAGAUGUAUACUUGUGUUCAGGUGAAAUUACGCAAUUCAGGAAAUCCUGUUUUCAUACAUUAAUAAAGUGAAUGAAAUGAUAAACAAUUUGUACUAAUGUACUGUAUUUUUUCUGUCGUCAAGCAAAAUGCACAAGGACCAAUAAAUGCUUGUUUUUUCGCUACUGUG